GCAGGUCACAUGACGCUCGCUCGCUCGCUCGCUCUCGAGUCGGCAGGCCUGCGGAGCGGCGAUGGCGAACGUGGCCACCCGGGUAUCGUGGUCCGGCCGGGAGGGAGAGGCCGAGGGCCGGGGCGAGACCACGCCGCUGCUGAACGGCACGGGCGGGCAGUUGAGCCCUUCUUCAUCUUCCUUGCGAUUUGGGCGCCUGAGCAAUGUGGAUCUUGGGGACCAUGAUAGCAUGGAAACGGAGGCCCCUCAGUCCCUCCCCAGCGAGAUUCCACACAACAACAAGCUUCUCUCCCUCAAGUACGAAAGCUUGGACUAUGACAACUGUGAGAACCAGCUCUUCUUGGAAGAAGAGAAGAGAAUUAACCAUACGGCAUUCCGAACAGUGGAAAUUCAGCGCUGGUUCAUCUGUGCCAUGAUUGGCAUCCUGACCGGCCUGGUCGCUUGCUUCAUUGACAUCACGGUCGAGACCUUAGCAGGGCUCAAGUACAAGCUGGUGAAGGGCAAUAUUGACAAAUUCACAGAGACGGGACGCCUCUCCUUCUCUUUGCUCCUCUGGGCCACUGUGAACGCAGGCUUUGUGAUGGCCGGUUCCAUCAUUGUCGCAUUCCUGGAGCCCGUGGCCGCCGGCAGCGGAAUUCCUCAAAUCAAGUGCUACCUGAAUGGAGUCAAGAUCCCACACGUGGUUCGGCUGAAGACCCUGAUGGUUAAAGUCUGUGGCGUGAUCUUCUCGGUGGUUGGAGGCCUGGCAGUGGGGAAGGAAGGGCCGAUGAUCCACUCGGGGGCUGUCAUCGCAGCUGGCAUUUCUCAAGGGCGCUCGACUUCCUUGAAGAGGGACUUUAGGAUCUUUGAGUAUUUCCGGAGGGAUACCGAGAAGCGGGAUUUUGUCUCGGCCGGAGCUGCCGCUGGCGUCUCAGCUGCCUUUGGGGCCCCUGUUGGCGGGGUCCUCUUCAGCUUGGAAGAAGGUGCUUCCUUUUGGAACCAGUUCCUGACCUGGCGGAUUUUCUUCGCCUCCAUGAUCUCCACCUUCACCCUCAACUCCAUUCUCAGUGUCUACAAGGGCAACCCCCUCGACCUGUCCAGUCCUGGUCUCAUCAACUUCGGCAAGUUUGAUUCCGAGAAAAUGGGGUACACGUUCCAAGAAAUCCCCAUCUUCAUCUUCAUUGGUGUGUUGGGGGGGAUCCUUGGCGCCAUGUUCAAUGCUCUGAACUACUGGUUGACAAUGUUCCGGAUCAGGUACAUCCACCGCCCGUGCCUGCAGGUGAUUGAGGCCGUGCUGGUGGGGGCCGUGACGGCAGCGAUUGCCUUUGUCCUCAUCUACAGUUCUACAGACUGCCAGCCGCUCCAGGACAACAGCAUGGCCUACCCACUGCAGCUCUUUUGCCCUGAUGGGCAGUACAACUCAAUGGCUGCUGCCUUCUUCAACACCCCUGAGAAGAGUGUGGUCCGCCUCUUCCAUGACCCUCCAGGCACCUACGACCCCAUGACCUUGGGCUUGUUCACCUUGGUGUAUUUCUUCCUGGCCUGCUGGACCUACGGGCUGACAGUGUCCGCGGGUGUCUUCAUCCCUUCCCUGCUCAUCGGUGCUGCCUGGGGCCGCCUCUUCGGAAUUUCCUUGUCCUACAUUCCCAAUGGCUUGAUCAGGGCCGACCCAGGGAAAUAUGCCCUAAUGGGAGCCGCAGCACAGCUGGGUGAGUACAGAAGAGUUGGGCCCCUUUCCAAGGCCUCCACGGGGGGAGAGGGCUGGCUGUGCUUCAGCAGAGUCCAAUUCGGCUUGUAUGAUAUGCACAUCCAGCUCCAGAGCGUCCCCUUCUUGCACUGGGAGGCACCGGUCACUUCGCACUCGUUUACUGCAACCCAGGUGAUGAGCACCCCAGUCACCUGCCUGCGGCAGAGUGAGAAAGUGGGGACAGUUGUGGAUAUCCUCAGCGACACGGCUUCCAAUCACAAUGGCUUCCCCGUGGUCGAGAGCAGCCCUGGCAGCAACCAGAUGAUGGGCCUGCGGGGCCUGAUCCUGCGCUCUCAGCUGAUUGUGCUCCUGAAGCAUAAGGUCUUCGUGGAGCGGGCCAGCCUGUCUCUGCGGCAGCGGCGGCUGAAGCUGAAGGAUUUCCGGGAUGCCUACCCUCGCUUCCCCCCCAUCCAGUCCAUCCACGUCUCCCAGGAUGAGCGCGAAUGCAUGAUGGACCUGACCGAGUUCAUGAACCCCUCGCCCUACACUGUGCCACAGGAGGCCUCCCUCCCGAGAGUUUUCAAGCUCUUCCGAGCCCUGGGCUUGCGCCACCUGGUGGUCGUGGACAAUCAGAACCAGGUGGUGGGGCUGGUCACUCGGAAGGACUUGGCCCGCUAUCGGCUGGGGAAGAAGGGCAUUGAGGAGAUGCUCUUGGCCAAGACGUGACUUUGCUGGGCUGCUCAGGACUCGAGUGAUGCACUGAAGCUCUCUGGCACAGAGGCCCAAAACUUCACCCCCAGCUGCGCCCGCCUCCCCACAGCUCUUUUCACUGCUCUGCGCGGGGUGGGGGGUGUAGUGGGCUCCUUGGAGAGAGUGGAGGGCGGGCAGAGAGUGGUGAUGGCAGGCAGACCUGCUGCAACCUGGGCUUGGUGUGGCUUUUGUGUGUCUUUCACGCAUUCAUGGGUUCUCGGCACGCUUUCCUUAGCCCAUUGCUCACCGACUGUGCCUUCCAAGCCCCUCCACGGGCAGGAACCAUCCCAAGCAGGCCCAGAGCCUGUCUGCUUCCCUUCUCCCUUCCCUCCAGCAAGGAGGGGGCCUGGGGAGUGAGGUGUGUCACCCGAUACUUGCUCUUUUCCAGCUUUUCUCUCUGUGGUUGAAAGGGACCAAGCAAGGCCAGCCUUGUCCCCCCCCCCCAUGUCCACUGCUGGCCCCCCAAGAUGUCCAGAGAGAAUUCAGUUGGAGGAGGGGGGCUUCGUCAGUUGGGCCGACCAGCAGCCCUUUUCCUGAGGCUUCGGUUUUACCUUUUUUUCUGCCCUGCGAGGCCUCAAAGCUUUGCUGUCUUCUACAGCAUGCGCAACUGUACCUCAAAAGUCCUUUUUUUGUGCUGAAAUAAAAAUGAAUUAGGUUUUUC